AUGGCGACGUCUAAUCUCACACCCGGUUCGAAUGCAUUCUCCUCAGCACUUCCUCCCGCAAUUGGCCCCCCCACAACGACCAGCGUGGACACCACCCAAAUCGCAACUGCUACAGGGGCGCCUUCAACGACUCCAGCGCCUUUUUCUCCACUACCACCCUUCCCAACAUCCUCUUCGAUUUCGUCUUUCCGUGAAACUGCUUCUGCAAGCCCAUCAACAUCAACAGCUUCUGUAUCGUCUUCAACGACCACACAACCGGCCGAAUCCGAUGCGGCCAGAACCUCAGGCUUAUCUCCAACCGUGGCUCCUACCACUUCCUCAGAGCAAGGCAGUCUAAAUACUGGCCAAAUUGUUGGUAUAUGCUUAGCAGCUGUGGCGAUUUUUGGGUUUGUUCUCGGAGCUUUGUUGUUCUUAUACCGCAGGCGAAGAGAAAUCAAUCGGAAGCGUCGAGGAUCAAGAUGGUCCGAUAGUAUCGAAAAGCAGCCACCGUCCCCGUUCUCACCGGCCGAUCAUCAUAUCGAGGCCGGUGUUUCAAACCCUCGAGCAGCCACCCCUGACCACAGCCAACGAUUUUAUGCACCUCCCACAAAGACUCAGGAGAAGCGGAGGAGUUUCUGGCGAAGAAGUAUCAAGCCAGAAGAUAUUGGUGUCGCUGUAAGCCCAGAAGUCGUGCAGGCUGGUUCUCCAACAAGUAUUUCGUCGCAGCGGACGACUUCACAGCUGUUGCCAGAAUUUCCACAUUACUCCCUAUGGCCAGCGCCUCUAAAAAAAAGUCAGCAAAAUGCAGCCACCUUUGAACAACGGCGACAACCCGAGCGGCCCACAGUCACAUUUCCCAGCACCUUUGUGGAACGUAAAAAGGCUAAUAAACCACCGCGCAUUGUUUCUUCCCGGACAGGAAAUGGGUUACCUACAGAUCCUAGAGCACAGAUGUAUAGGCUAGGACAAGCGAAGAGUGUGAAUGACAAGAUUCCUCUUACGCCAGUCUACGACAACGGAAACGUUUCCAUGGCUUCGGGAGCUAUCUUGCCUCCAAGGCAGAAUAAUUUCCUGCAACCAGGACAUCCUUCUCAAGCGCAGCGAAAAUAUGAUCCAUAUCUGCAAGACCAAAAGGUCGCACCCAACCCAAUACCUGCUCAGACAAUUAAAUUGCUGCCACCAUCGCCGCCAGGGGCACAUUCUGAGGCAUCAAGCUCACGUCGAGCUCCUCCUUUACGACGAGGUUCUUCUGCGUCAGACGCAACCAACAUCGAGGACGACGAAGAUACUACCCCAGAACAAGAAACAGAUAAACAGUUGAGACCUACACCAUUGAGUCCAGUUCUUGAAUCUCCUCGCCACUAUUCUCUUUCGCCAAUCGAGCGACUUACCAGCCCACUAAAUGAUCUUGCCUAUCCUUCGCCACCUCGCCCAGCUGCCAUCUCCAAACAAGCUGAAAAGCAACCUCGACCCCGAGUGGUAGAGUUUGCCGACCCAUUAGGUCGAACGAGCUCCCCAUCGCGAACCCCUACAGAAGCAGCAUCAAGAAGAGACCACCUCAUCCUGGAUGAGCGAAGUCUGUUGUCCACUGCAUCUUCAUCCGCAUCGUCGCCCUUGCGGAAGAGAGACGAGUCUCCCUCAACGUUACUGGCCAAGCGAAAGGGUGACAGAGCGGCAGAUCAGAUGCUGCAACAUGGUCUGAGGUUGAGCUCUUCGGCUGCAAAUGCGCUCCCGAGGAGUAGAUACCAGGUUAAUAACCAAAAUGAGACAAGAGCCAGAAAGGGAUCCGAUACGGAGAACGACAACGGUAUGAAUACCGUUUUGAAGACGCCUCCCCCAAAGGGUGGGCAAGGUCUGAAAAGCCCGCCGUUCUGGACACCGAAAUUAACGCCUACAAGGAGAGGGGAGGAUCUGUUUCUGCGGGUUGAAUAA